AUGUCCCCUGCCUACCCGCCCAUCUCCUCCACCGGCACCAGCCUCGGAUACGGCAUCGCCAUCGCGGUUAGCAUUCUCGUCCUCAUUUCUACCAUCAUGCUUGCUUCUUAUGCUUGUGUUCGGAUGAAGGCCAACGGCCGCAGCCAUAACCGUCGUAUCAGUAGUAAUAGCAGUGGUAAUAAUAUUUCGGAUGAGCCGGUGGUGGUGGUUUUGGGUUUGGAUAAGCCCACGAUUGAAGGUUACCCAAAGAUUGUGCUUGGGGAGAGUCGGAGAUUACCGAGGCCCAAUGGGGGCCCAUGCGCUAUUUGCUUGGGAGAGUACGUGAAGAAUGAUACGGUGCGGUGUGUUCCAGAGUGCAACCACUGCUUCCAUGUGGGCUGCUUGGAUGAGUGGCUUCGUCUGAGCGCCACGUGUCCCCUGUGUCGGAGCUCUCCUGCUCCAUCGCCGGUGCCGACGCCGGUGGCCACUCCUCUGUCAGAAUUGGUUCCACUUGCUUCCCACGCCAGGUGA